AUGAAGAUGUUUGAAACCCAAAUGGGUCAAAUGACCACUGCCAUCAACAAGCUUCAGCAGUCGGGUAAAUUCUUAAACAACGCUAAGGUGAACCCGAAUGAGCAGUGCAUGGUAAUUGGGGUGAGAAGUGCAGCCACAUCUGAAGGCAGCCAUGGAUCUUGUGAGAUGGGAGAUGAGUCAAAACAACACCAUGAGAAAAGUCGACGAGUUCCACCCCUAUAUCGUCCUCCCGGUUGGAUGCCAUUUUCCCAACGUCAUUACAAGAUAAUCAACUCGUUGAGUGGGACUACACAAGAAGGGCCUAAGAUGGUCAAGGAUGAGAGUGCACCGCCGGUCAUGGAGAAAGAAGCUGAGGAGGUCACUAUUGAGGUUUCUGGCACAAAGAAGGAUGAGAAAAAGAAAGCUACAUCGCCAGCAAAUGAGAUGCCGCAGUAUGCCAAAUUCCUCAAGGAUCUAGUCUCGCGCAAGAAGAAGUUGGGGACCGGAAGGAAACUGCCUGCGAAGAUUAAGGAUCUAGGCAGUUUCAAUAUUUCUUGCAUUAUUGGAGGCCAGCAUUUCGAGAAGGCACUGUGCGAUUUGGGGGUGAGUAUCAACCUCAUGCCUCUUUCCAUCUUUAAGAGGUUGUCAAUUGGGGAGAUGAAGCCUACGUCCAUGGUGCUGCAGAUGGCGGAUAGAUCAGUCACCCACCCGCUCGGAGUGGUGGAGAACAUGCUCGUGAAGGUGGGGGAUUUUAUUUUCCCUGCCGACUUUAUGGUGUUGGACAUAGAGGACGACAAGAAACUUCCGCUUAUUUUGGGGCGCCCGUUCCUUGCAAUGGGAAGAGCUUUGACUGAUGUGGAGAAAGGAGAGCUCACGCUGUGA